AUGUCGUCGCAGGGCGGUGUGCGGGUUCAGUCUCGCAAGCGCAGUCCCAAAGUGAAAACAGGCUGCCGGACAUGCAAAGUACGACACGUCAAGUGUGACGAGACAAAGCCGACAUGCCUCAAGUGUACGAGUACCGGCCGCAAGUGCGAGGGCUAUACAUCAAGCGGCGGUGCCUUCCAAGUCCACAUUUGGAGUUACAGCCAGACACCCGGUCCGCAAAACGCGAUAUCCACCUUAGGCGACCUUGGGGAUAGCGCACGCUUUCUAGAGUUCUAUUACCACUGCGCCCGCCCUGCGCUGUCGACUAGUUUCGACAAGGAAUUUUGGUCGCGCAUCGCAAUUCAGAUGGCGCAUUCGGAGCCUGCUGUGCGUCACGCAUUGGUGGCUCUGGGUGCUCUCUGCCAAACUGAGCCAGGAGAUAUGAAGCAUGCAUGCUCGAGAUUUAUUACAAAUCGCGAUCGUAAGGUCAUGCUGUCACACUACAAUCGAUCUAUCAGAUGCUUAGUCGAUCGCAUGAGGGAGACCACUUACUCGCACGAGCUUGGCCUCGUCAUUUGUCUUCUAUUCGUUUGCAUCGAAUUCCUCCAAGGCAACUAUCACACCGGCCUUACCCAUUUGAACAACGGCUUUAGAUUGAUAGCCGCGCGCCGACGGGGACUAGCAGGGUACCAGAAUCAGUCAGCAGGCAUUGCUUCACCUAGCGGCUCGAGAUCUUCACAGAGUGCGAUUGAAGAGACAGUUGUACCAAUCUUUACCCGCGGCAUGGCGCAAGAUCUGUUGUAUGGAUUCAAGGCUAUACAAGACUUGGAAGUACCAAGUCCAACACCAGCGAUGUACAGUCGUACCCAAUUCCAAAGCCUUUCAGAAGUGCAAAGAGUCUACUUCGAGCUCCGCAACGCAACUAUCAUCCAUCUGUAUAUGAUGGGUCGCAAAGCCAUCUUUCGACAAGAGCCUAGCAACGACGCUUAUAAUGAAAGAGACAAUCUUGUGGCAUGUCAUCGUAUCUGGUAUGAGAAUAUGCGGCGCUUUGAACUCCACCAUAAGCUCUCCGAUGAAGAGAGCAUUGCUGCUAGCGCACUCAAAGCUUCUUACCACACUACCCUUGUCUAUGUCUCAUGCUCAGCAAGCGUUAUAGAGAAAACGUAUGACGCUUACCUGGAUGACUUCAAAGAGAUAGUACGUAGCGCCCGGGAAGUCAUCGAUCUCACACCGCCGGCAAAACCCAACACCGCUCAUUUUACACUCGACAUUGCGAUUAUACCACAGCUGUACUUUGUCGCAACCCGGUGUCGCUGUCCCACCACUCGGCGAGAAGCAGUAGCACUUCUGGAACGUAAUCCACCCCGCGAAGGUCUUUGGGAUGCGCAGCAACACGUCGUAGUGUCCAAACGAGCGAUCGAAUUGGAAGAAGCUGAAGUUGACCCACGUACCGGCUGGCCGGUCGAGGCGACGAGGCUAUGGAACUGUAUCCCGAAGGCCGGGAUGGACCACAAUGGUGGGUUUUGGGUGGCGUUUAUCCCAGCACGAUGGAUCGGGAUACUUAAUGCGAACGGGACUCAGAAAACCAUGUACGAGUAUUUCGUCCUAUAA